CACUGCUAUCCGGCCGCCGCUCACCUCCGCCGGCGGCCCACCCAUCUGAACCGUCAAAACUCUGCAAAACCCUAACGCCCAAUGGCCCACGCCGGCGGCCUCGCCGACGACGGCUCCUCGGCGGCGCGGCUGUUUUCGCAGGGCGUCUCCUACACGUACGACGACGUGAUCGUCCUCCCGGGGUACAUCGACUUCCCCGCCGACGCCGUCGACCUCUCCACCCGCCUCUCCCGUCGCGUGCCGCUCGCGACCCCCUGCGUCGCCUCGCCCAUGGACACCGUCUCCGAGGCAUCCAUGGCCGCCGCCAUGGCCGCCCUCGGCGGCGCCGCCGUCGUCCACAGCAACGCCGACCCGGCGACGCAGGCCUCCAUCCUCCGCGCCGCCAAGUCCCGCCGCGUCCCCUUCGUCUCGGGCACCCCGUUCCUCGCCCCCUCGUCCGUCCCCUCCGCUGCCGACUUCGCCGGCUGCGCGUACGCCCUCGUCACCGAGCGCGGGGACGCGCGCUCCCGCCUCCUCGGCGUCGCCGCCGCCGCCGACCGCAGACCCGGCGUCCCCGUGUCGGGGUACAUGACCGCCGCGCGCGGGACAGCGUCCGCCUCCUUCGAUUUCGAGCAAGCCGCCGCCUUUCUCGCCGACGAGGGUCUGGAAUUCGCACCCAUCGUCUCCGACGACGGCGCCGGCGAGGCCGUCGACCUCAUCACCGCGCAGGACGUCGAGCGCAUCCGGAGCUACCCAAAGCUGGGAAAGCCGUCGAUCGGGGCGGAUGGGAGGUUCGUCGUCGCGGCGGCGAUUGGGACGCGGGAGGAGGACAAGCGCAGGCUCGAGCUGCUGGUCCAGGAAGGCGCUAACGCCAUUGUCAUCGACAGCUCUCAGGGGAACUCUGUUUACCAGCUCGACAUGAUCAAGUACGCGAAGAGGAUGUACCCGGAGGUGGAUUUGAUCGGUGGGAAUGUGGUCACGAUUGCACAGGCGCAGAAUUUGAUCGGCGCCGGCGCGGAUGGGUUGAGGGUGGGGAUGGGCUCUGGAUCGAUUUGCACGACGCAGGAGGUUUGUGCCGUAGGCAGAGGGCAGGCUACUGCAGUUUACAAGGUCGCAUCAUAUGCCAAGGAUCAUGAUGUGCCUGUUAUUGCCGAUGGUGGAAUUUCAAACUCUGGACAUAUUGUGAAGGCUCUGACUCUAGGGGCAUCUACUGUUAUGAUGGGUAGUUUCCUGGCUGGAAGUCUUGAAGCUCCUGGUGUUUAUGAGUACAAGGACGGGCGUCGGCUCAAAAAAUACAGAGGCAUGGGUUCCCUUGAAGCUAUGACAAAGGGGAGUGAUGCCAGAUACCUUGGCGACAAGCUUAAGCUUAAGGUUGCUCAAGGAGUUGCUGGAGCAGUAUCUGACAAGGGCUCUGUAUUGAGGUUCAUUCCUUAUACAAUGCAAGCUGUCAAGCAAGGAUUCCAGGACCUGGGUGCAUCCUCCUUGCAGUCAGCCCAUGAUCUUCUACAAUCAGAAUCUCUUCGACUAGAGGUGAGAACCGGAGCUGCCCAAGUCGAAGGAGGGAUCCACGGUCUUGUUUCCUAUGAGAAGAAGGCAUUCUGAGGCAUCUCAUUUCACAGACUGAAUCCAGCAUUCCAAACAAACAAUGGCUGUGUGUUUUGUGUGAAAUAAGUUUGGAAUGAUGGAUCGAUCGAUGGCGGAUGCUCUGCCUCUCCAUGCAUGUGUUUUGUGCUACGGCAUAUGAACCCUUGGCCUUGUUGGCUGUGAGUUUGCCGUCUGUGCUCUCGUGUUUCUUGGAUCAUGUAAUGGUAUAAUUUGCCUGAAUCGACAUCCAACCCCAAAGCUGCUGGCAUUGGGCCUGGAGACCAAUAUAAAAACAAAU